AUGGAUGAGGUCAAUUCUUCAGCGGUGUCUGAGUUUGUAUUGCUGGGACUCUCGAGUUCUCAGGAACUCCAGUUUUUCUUUUUCAUUUUCUUCUUGCUGUUGUAUGUGGCCAUUGUGCUGGGCAACCUUCUCAUUAUUGUCACGGUGACUUCUGAUGCCAGCCUGCACUCCCCCACGUACUUCCUCCUGGGAAACCUUUCCUUUGUGGACAUCUGUCAGGCUUCCUUUGCUACCCCUAAAAUGAUUGCAGAUUUUCUGAGUGAACACAAGACCAUCUCCUUCAGUGGCUGCAUAGCCCAGAUUGUCUUUAUCCACCUUUUUACUGGAGGAGAGAUGGUGUUACUUGUCUCCAUGGCCUAUGACAGAUAUGUGGCCAUAUGCAAACCCCUUCACUAUGUGGUCAUCAUGAGCUGGCGGACAUGCACUGUUAUGGUAAUGAUUUCCUGGGCUGUGGGCUUGGUGCACACAUUGAGUCAGUUAUCAUUUACCAUGAACUUACCUUUUUGUGGACCAAAUAUAGUAGAUAGCUUUUUUUGUGACCUUCCUCGAGUGACCAAGCUUGCCUGCCUGGACUCUUACAUCAUUGAAAUAUUAAUUGUGGCCAAUAGUGGAAUUCUUUCCCUGAGCACAUUCUCCACUUUGAUUGGCUCUUAUGUCAUUAUUUUUGUCACUGUCUGGUUUAAGUCUUCUGCUGCAAUGGCCAAGGCAUUUUCCACGCUGGCUGCCCAUAUCACAGUGGUGAUACUAUUCUUUGGACCUUGCAUCUUCAUCUACGUGUGGCCUUUCACCACCUACCCUGUGGACAAAGUCCUUGCCAUAUUUUAUACCAUUUUCACCCCCAUCCUAAACCCCAUUAUUUACACACUGAGGAACAGAGAUAUGAAGGAAGCCAUGAGAAAAAUUGUGACCCAUUACUUGAGGUCCCAGAAAGUUUCUGAAAUGCCACUAGUAGUAAGGAAUUCCCUUUAUUAG